AUUUGUACGGCCCAAGUGCCCAACAAUCCAAGAAUAGGAAGAUACAUUAUACGACCGACCAGCCCAAAAAUUGGAGAAGAAACUCAAGAAAGACUCAAAGAUCGGAGUAAAAAAAUUGAGGACUUCAGCCACUUGGAAACACUGUUACGAGGACAGAGAGGGGCAGCCGACCAGAGACGAUCGUCAAUCGACUAACUCGCCAAGUCUCCGACACAGAGAGCCUGUGAGGGUUGGCUGACCUGCCCCUUUUGCUAGCUUUCUGGUGCUCGGUGGCUCGGUAGUCGGUCCUCCUGCACUUGAACGUGGACCGUGGACCUGCAAUUCUGCCCAUCCCCUUCGCCCUUUCUGCCCAGCCCGCCCUUCUGGGACUCCGUACUCGAAGAAAGAAAUGAAUGGGGCCGAAAGGCGGUUUAGUACAAAUGAAGAAGAGGAAGAUGAAGACGAUGAUGAUGGAAGAGGUCUUCAAGCAUGGGAGAGGACCUAUGCAGAUGAGAGGUCAUGGGAGUCUUUACAAGAGGAUGAAUCUGGAUUUCUGCGUCCUAUUGACAAUAAAAACCUCUACCAUGCUCAGUAUCGGAGACGCCUCCGCUCUGCAACUACUGCUCGCAUUCAGAAGGGCCUGAUUCGCUAUCUUUACAUUGUAAUUGAUUUCUCCCGGGUAGCUACUGAAACGGACUAUAAACCAAGCAGAAUGGUUGUAGUUGCAAGACAAGUGGGGGCUUUUAUUAGAGAAUUUUUUGAUCAGAACCCCCUGAGUCAGAUUGGCCUGGUAAUGUUGAAAGAUGGGGUUGCUCAUUGUUUAACAGAUCUUGGAGGCAGUCCAGAGGCUCACAUUAAAGCUUUGAUGGGUAAGUUGGAGUGUUCAGGUGAUGCUUCACUUCAGAAUGGAUUAGAACUUGUGCAUGAACUUCUAAGUCAAAUCCCAUCAUAUGGUCAUCGUGAAGUUCUAAUUUUAUAUUCGGCUCUGAAUACUUGCGACCCUGGGGAUAUAAUGGAAACCAUCCAGAAAUGCAAGAAAUCCAAAAUACGAUGCUCCCUUAUUGGCCUUGCGGCUGAACUCUAUAUUUGCAAGCAUCUUUGCCAAGAAACUGGUGGAAUGUAUUAUGUUGCAUUGGACGAGGCUCAUAUAAAAGAGCUGGUCCUGGAGCAUGCCCCACCACCUCCUGCAAUAGCAGAAUUUGCAGUUGCAAAUUUGAUCAAGAUGGGGUUUCCCCAAAGAGCGGCUGAAGGCGCAAUUUCUAUCUGUUCUUGCCACAAGGAAGCUAAAAUUGGUGGAGGCUACACGUGUCCAAGAUGCAAAGCACGUGUUUGUGAACUACCUACAGAAUGUUGUGUUUGUGGGCUCACCUUAGUUUCUUCUCCACAUUUGGCAAGGUCAUACCAUCACUUGUUUCCAAUCACUCCAUUUGAGGAUGUAUCACCCUCCGUUCGAAACAAUUUGCAAAAGAUGCAAAAAAAAUGUUUUGGUUGCCAGCAGAGUCUCUUAAACCCUGGCAACAUACCCGGUCCAUGUGUUGCUUGUCCGAAAUGCAAAAAACACUUCUGCCUGGACUGUGAUAUCUACGUCCAUGAGAGCUUGCACAAUUGUCCAGGCUGUGAGAGCCUCAGGACUUGUGCACCAGUCAACAAAAAUAUGCAAGAAUGAUAGGAAUGGCAUGAAAGCUACUUCUGUACCAAGAGAUCGAAUUCAUUUCAACCAAGAGUUCAUUUGUUUACAUGCCUAAGGUGUUGAUGCUCUCUACAACAUUCUUUUGAUUCACGGGAAAAUUACCUAAUCUGUUUUCUUGCCGAGAUAUCUUCUCUUUAGGUUUGAUCCUUUUUGGUAUGGGCUACUUUGAUAAAUUAUCAGGUCUAAUUCUUCCUCCUUUUGAAGUCUUGCUUCCAGUCAUUAUAGUCAACACAUUGUGAAGACAAUGUUAAUUCAUCAACUAAUUCAUCUCAUUCUUUACUUUC